AUGCUUCCCCUCACCGGAGCGCGACGAGGUGGGGGGCAUUCCCCGUGCCGUCCUACCGACGACACCCUUUCACCCACCUCCCCUCCCUACCGCUUGCCAAUUCGCCCUGCCCAGUCGACACCCUGGCGACACCCAGGCGACACCCAGGUGACACCCUGGCGACACCCAGGCGACACCCUGGCGACACUGCUCGCCGUCGUAUCUCCACCGGAGCUGGCCGUCAUGCGAGGCGUCGCCACAGUCUCGGCCACCCACUACGACACGAUGGCGAUUCUACUGGCGUUUCUGUCGCCCGAGCAGCUGCACGUGGUGGGCAUCACCACCGUCUUCGGCAACGUGCGCACUCCCACCGCCACCGCCAACGCGCUCCGCCUCUGCGAGCUGGCAGGGAGGGAGGACGUGCCAGUGGCGCAUGGAGAAGAGGUCACUCUGAGGGGCGUGGAGAAGAUCCGAGUGGCGGAUUUUGUGCAUGGCAGUGACGGCAUGGGCAACACCAAUCAGCAGCCGCCACGUGGCAAGCCCAUAGACAAGGGAGCAGCGCAGUUCCUAGUGGACACGGUCCGCGCGGCACCCGGGCAGAUCACAGUGGUGGCUCUGGGGCCACUCACCAACCUCGCCAAGGCGCUGCAGCUGGACCCGUCCUUCCCCCAGCACGUGGCGGAGAUCAUCGUUCUGGGCGGCGCCUUCUUCACCAACGGGAACGUCAACCCGGCGGCCGAGGCCAAUAUAUUUGGAGACCCCGAUGCAGCAGAUGCGGUGUUCACGUGUGGGGCCAAGUGCACAGUCAUAGGCAUCAACAUCACGCACCAAGUCACCCUCUCAGUGAGGGACAUGGAGGACAUAAGAGACAGCAAGGGGCCGUUUGGGCGCUUCCUGUACGACACGUCGCAGUUCUACUACCGCUACCACAAGGAAUCGUACGGCAUGGAUGCGGUGUACCUGCACGACCCCACCACCAUGGUGGCUGCCAUGGAUGAUUCUCUCUUCACCUUCCACGAGGGCGUGGUGCGCGUACAGCUCGAUGGCAUCGCUAAGGGACUCACUUUGCUAAACAACACCAACAAAGUAUGGAACACCCCUACAGCGUGGUGUGGUAUACCACCAGUGCGGGUGGCGGUCACAGUGGACGCUGAUGCUGUCUCUGCCCUCGUCAAGCAACGCCUUUCUGCCCCCGGCCCUUCCGCACCGCAUUUGAACCCGGCCUCCUUGUGCUUCUGCCACCACCACCCACUCCUCACUCCCCUCACCCUCCUCACCCCUCUCAUCCUCCUCACAUUCCUCACCCUGCUCACUCACAUCGUCUCUCUCCUUCCUGGCAUCUCACAACUCACCACCGCCUCUGCUCAUGCACUGCUGCCUCACCCAUGCUGUCAGGCAGCAGAUCAGAUUGCCCCUCCUCUGCACCCCCCGCCCAGCGUGUCCCAUAACUCAGCACCGCCCCUCACCCUGUGA